CUUGGUUUGGACGGUUUCCGGUUACUGAGAAUUAUGGCAGUGUUAACGCCGUUGUUUGCUCUUGUAUAUUCUGCUCCCGGUUUAUGGCGAUGGCUUUCACAACCAUAUUAUCUACUCUCGGGGCUACUGUCGGUAUCGUUCCUCCUGAUAAGGAAGGUGUCUCCGGUUUGCCGUGUGCUUCCGACACAGCGUGAGGAUGGAAACCCUUGUGACUUUGACUGGAGGGAAGUGGAAAUCUUGAUGUUUCUUAGCGCCAUUGUCAUGAUGAAGAACAGACGAAGCAUCACAAUUGAACAGCAUAUAGGUAAUAUCUUCAUGUUCAGCAAAGUUGCCAAUACUAUUUUGUUCUUUCGUUUGGACUUGCGCAUGGGCCUGCUGUACGUCACGUUGUGCUUAGUGUUUCUUAUGACAUGUAAGCCACCACUUUAUAUGGGUCCUGAGCACAUCAAAUAUUUCAACGACAAAACAAUAGAGGAGGAGAUGCAGUCUGAUGUUCGUGUCUCAUGGAUAGUAGAAUUCUUUGCUAAUUGGUCAACAGAAUGCCAGUCAUUUGCUCCUAUAUAUGCUGACCUUUCUCUAAAGUAUCAUUGUCAUGGAUUGAAAUUUGGAAAAGUUGACAUUGGCAGAUAUCCUGACGUUAGCACCAAGUUUAAUGUCAGUACGUCUCCGCUGUCAAAGCAGCUUCCAACACUAAUCCUGUUUCAAGGAGGCAGAGAGAUUUUGAGGAGGCCACAAGUGGAUAAGAAAGGCCGAGCUGUGUCUUGGAGUUUUACACAGGAAAAUGUUAUCCGAGAGUUUAAUCUAAAUGAGCUUUAUCAGAAAGCAAAGAAGAUUUUUAAAUCUAAUGAAGAGCCAACCACUGAACGGACUACUGAGACGACCACAGAGAGCAAGAAGGACCAGUAACUGAUUUUUUUCUAUCAAAAACCACUUGCUUGAAAAAAAUAUGUAAAACAUGGAAAGAAUUAUGUUAAAUAAAAAAAAAAAAAUUCAUAA